AUGCCCAGAGUAGGAAAAACGCUGACGGAACUCGUUCUCACUGCCUCUUCAGACCAGGUGGGGGCCAGGAAUCACCUUUCUCAACUUCCGACACCACAAGGAGCGGAGGACUCCAAGCGGGUUAAGGGGCUGGUCGGCUCUGUGCCCCUUAGAGCUGGGAGGCGUUUUCUCCCCGAGCCCUGUGGCCCGGGAGCCCGGAGCGCCCGGGGCUUGGAGAGCCGCUCGGGCCGCACAGGCAACAAGUCCUGGCCUCUGGCCCCGGGCGAGCGCCGCGCCGCGCCGCCGCUGAGCCAGGGGCUCGCCUCGCAGGAAUGA